AUGAAAGUUGUUGGACACUCAUGGACCACUAGAGAUGGCGCAGAAAGGUUCCAACAUUCCACGGCCACUAUAUCAAAGUACUUUGGCAUAGUGUUGAAAGCAGUCAACAAAAUUGCAGUAAGGCUCAUUAAACCACCAGAUAUGGGUGUGGUUCCAGAGCAGAUGAUGGAUAACUCAAAAUUUUACCCGUAUUUUAAGGAUGCUGUUGGUGCUAUAGAUGGAGUGCACAUUGAUGCUGUAGUUCCAACUGAUGAGCAAAUCCCCUAUCGAGGAUGA